AUGUCCUUGCUCAGGUUAUUGAAUACAAAUAUCGCACAAGUGCCCUGGAGAAAAACGUACGAGGUCGUCGUAGAAAGCGAAAGACGAGGGCCCUUAAACACCAAGUCUCAGAAUCCCUGGAGGAAUUUCUUGAAUCGCAUGCGCCAAUCAAAGCGCAAGCUUCAACGCUCAUUCACACUGUGA